AUGGCAGAACCAUCUCCAGCAUCGCAUCUGCCUUCCAGGAAGGGAGCAGAGGAAGGGCAAUGGAGUUCUUCCAUCCAAGAAGCAAAUGAAUGUUUAUACACCAGUAACCGACAGUUAUUGGUUGAAGGUUGCUCCUGGGACGGCUUCAAUUCCCUGUCACUGCUGGCCUAUCACACAGGAGGCAAAGAGGACUCCAGUAGCAAGAGAAGACACUUAGGCAAAGAAAUGCAGGUUCUGUCCACUGGAAGUCAGGCUGAGUGCCCUGAAGUGAAAUGGAGUGGACUGGAGUGGGAGCAGGUUUGUGGCACAGGGAGUCUAGCAUUCUGCUUUGAACUUGUGAAGAUUGAGAUGCCUAUAGACGCCUAUGGGAAUGAGAGACAGUUGACUAAAGAGCAGGCUGACACCACAGACAUGUCUACAAAACUGAAGUCUGAGGCCUCAACAUCUACCUGCUUAUCCAGGCUGAAUGACUGGAUUUAUACCAGGUCCUUGCGGAAUGCUUCAGCUUCUAUGAAGGAGAACCCUGCCCUGGGAGCACUUAGCAAUCUCUCCAACUCUCGAGUUUCUCCUUGUGAGGCUGAGCUUCAGGAAUUAAUGGAACAGAUUGACAUCAUGGUAAACAACAAAAAACUGGAUUGGGAAAGGAAGAUGCGGGCUCUGGAGACACGAUUAGAUCUUCGGGAUCAAGAGUUGGCAAGUGCACAAACUUGUUUAGAACAGAAAGGUCAAGAGGUGGGGUUACUUAGACAGAAGUUGGACAGUUUGGAAAAAUGUAACUUAGCAAUGACUCAGAAUUACGAAGGACAACUACAAACCCUAAAAGCUCAAUUCUCCAAACUAACUAAUAGCUUUGAAAAACUGAGAUUACACCAGAUGAAACAAAAUAAUUUUCGACAAAAAGAAGUACCACACGUCAAAGAAGAAAUACCCUUUGAACUGAGCAAUUUGAACCAGAAAUUAGAGGAAUUUAGAGCAAAGUCAAGAGAAUGGGACAAGCAGGAGAUACUAUAUCAGACUCAUCUGGUUUCUUUAGAUGCUCAACAAAAAGUAUUAUCUGAGAAGUGUAAUCCAUUUCAGAAACAGGUGCAAAGUUACCAAACUCCACUAAAUAGUAAAAAACAGGACAUAGAAGAAGACAGCAGCUCUGAAAUUCCUUGGAUAUGCGAACCAGAUACCAGUUGUGAAACCAAUGAAAGAGAUGAGUUCAUUAUUGAAAAAUUAAAAUCAGCUGUGAGUGAAAUAGCGCUAAGCAGGAAUAAGUUACAAGAUGAAAAUCAGAAGCUCUUACAAGAACUGAAAAUGUACCAAAGACAGUGCCAGGCCAUGGCAGCAGGACUCUCAGAGGUGAAAAGUGAGUUACAAUCACGUGAUGAUCUCUUGAGAAUUAUAGAAAUGGAACGAUUGCAGUUGUACAGAGAAUUGUUAAAACUAGGAGAGUGCCAAAGUGCUCCAGAAAAUAAAAAAAGACUUGAAUCAUCUUAUUCACCAUCUAUUAAAGAAUCAGAAAAACAACGGAAAGAGCUGUUUGCAGUGACCCCAGAUCAACCAAAUCAUGAAAAAGAAUUGAACAAGAUAAGAAGCCAACUCUAUCAGGAGGAAGAGUACCAUAGCUCUGAGCAGGAAAGAAUGAGGAAUGAAAUCUCUGACCUAACUGAGGAGCUUCAUCAGAAGGAAAUCACUAUAGCAACUAUCAUGAAGAAAGCUGCCUUUCUGGAAAGACAGUUAAAAAUGGAGUUAGAAAUAAAAGAGAAAAUGUUGGUGAAACAACAGGUCUCAGAUAAGAGAGAGAAAGCUGUCAGAAUUGAAAACACACACCUGAAAGGCAUGAUGGGAGAUUUAGACCCUGGAUGGUACAUGACAAACGGAAUUACUGAUAUAAAGAGUAUGGACUUCACUAACAGGGAACAUGCAAGGCAUACAUCUAUUAACAAACUGGAAUAUGAGAAUGAAAGGCUCCGAAAUGAUCUUGCAAAACUUCAGGCCACUGGAAAAUCAGCAUGGGCUAACCAAAAUACCUACAAAGAAACAGGAAGAUUUAGCCACGAUCGUGAGCCAAACAGAAGUGCAACACCUUCGUUGCCACUUUCGCCAUUUCAAACCAAAGAAAUGACAAGUCCUUUGGUUAGUGAUGAUGAAGUAUUCCCAAUGUUGCCCCCAGAUAUAGCCUUCCCCACUUCUUUGGCCGCACAGCAUUUCUUUCUGGAGGAGGAGAAGCGAGCAAAAGAACUUGAAAAACUUCUGAAUACACAUAUUGAUGAACUGCAAAGACACACAGAAUUUACUCUUAAUAAACACACCAAGCUAAAACAAAACAGACACAUAUGAGCUUUUAAACUUUUUUAUUUGCUUCGCCCACCCCAAGGAAAAAAGCUCUGGCAAAAUAGUUACAAAGCUGAUUCGUGAAACUGAGAAAUUUUGUUCUGUUUUCCUGAGUAAAUCAUUUCUGUAAGGCAGCUAGAAAAUAGUAUUUUGUUCAAUAAAGCUGUUUGUAUUUCUGCAUUAACAAACAAAUUGUUCAGCUACAGUUACUCUAAAAUAAACAUGACUUCUCCAAAAGAGAUUUUUUUCUCCAGUCUGAGGAAUAGUUUGGAAUUAAAUAUGCAGUUUUUUCCCACCUGAAUCAUGUAUACUGAAACCCAUUUCCUCUGUAACAACACAUGAUGAGGGAAAGGGACACACUAUAUUCUAAAUACAAACGGAUCAAGUGCAGCUCUGUUGUACUAGGUUUCAAAACCCAAUGAUUUUUUGAAAUGAAUAGCUAUGUAAACAUCCUAACAUUUCUUUUAGGAAAAAAAGAUACAGCUUACUGUUGCUGCAUUCAUCUUUGUAAUGUCUCUCUGUUUUUUGUUUGUUUGUUUGUUUUGUGGUACGCGGGCCUCUUACUGUUG